ACAGCCCCUUAUUUCAAAUUCCCCCCAAAUUUCGACCUCUCCGCCAUUCUCCCCAUUUUUUUCAAAAAACGUUACUCUCUCUGUCUGUGUCUCUGUUAAGCAGCUAACCUCUUCCUUGUUGAGCUGUAUAACUCUCUCACGACAACCCCCAUUUCUCUCUUUUUACUGUUGUUUUUCUUUCUUGGAACGUUUUCGAUUUUGUCGAUUCAAAAUUAAAUGCCCCCAAAUCAUGACCUCUCUAAAUCCCUAAUAAAUUGGCACAUUCCAGCACUCCCACAUUAAUAUCCCGCUUCCUCUUUGUUUCUGCACUAUCUGCCCUUCCCAAUGGCAACUUCAGCGUUCAAGUCAACCACCAAGAGAACUUCCCUCGCCAACUCUACCGACGACUCUUCUUCCUCCAAUCGGACCUCCGUCCACCGUCGCGCCAGGAGUCUCAGCAGAAUCUCCCGCCGGCUUCCCGGAGCCGACGACUAUGAAGAGCCUACUUCCGCUCCGAGGUCCAGAGGAAGGUUCGUCAACACUGUCAGGGGAUCGGGCUUCCCGGAGAUUAGUCUUGACGAUCUCGCCAUUGAGCUCUUUGACUCCUCCCUCAGAGGGCGCUCGGCUUCGCGUAAUGCUGCCGUCAGUCCCCGUAAUGGUGAAGGAGGGAAAGGAGGAGGAGAGAGUGCGACUCAGAGAAGAGGAAGGUCGGUGUCCAGGCAAGGAUCCAGGGGUAGUUUUGUAAAUAGUUGUGGUGGAGGAAGGUUAACUUCGGACACUGCUAACUCUAGGAGGAGAAGAUCGGUCUCAGUUGUUCGGUAUCAAAUUAGCGAUUCUGAGAGUGAUCUAGAUCAUUCACAUAACUCAAGCAAUCGUGCUAGUGUGAGGAGUUCCAUUGGUGGAAAUCAGAUAUCCUCGACUCAUAAGCCAACAGCUUCAAAUGAUAGACAAGGAUUGAGAAGGACUCUGAGCCAAAAGGACUUAAAGUAUCAUGAUGGCUACUCUAGCCACUCUUCUGCUUUAACUGAUGAUGAAGGAAGAGAUGCUCUUUCCAGUAAAAAUGGGAUGGAGAAGACAAUACGAGCGGUUUAUGCACAGAAAAAGGGGGAGCAUCCCACUGGGGAUGAUAUAAAUGGUGGGUUGUAUGCCGCAAUGCGAAAAGAGCUUAGACAUGCUGUGGAAGAGAUCAAAACUCAACUUGAAAAAGAAAUGGUGAAAACAGAGAAGUCCGGGAUAGCAAGUGAUGAUAGUUUGCAGUCUGACAAUUCUGAUGUUCUUCAGGCUGUUUCUACAAUUAGAAGGAUGUGUACAACAAAAUUUGAAAAGUCAGAGAAGCGUAGACAAGAUUUAUUAGCUGAGAUUCUGUUGGAGGAGAAGCACGGGAGGGAGCUGUCUAAAAUUGUUAAAGAAUUGCUUCCCGAACCAAAUAACUCAAGUGUUGAGAAACCAUUGCGAGCCAGAAAGAGGAGCAAUGACAGAACUAGGAUGUCCAAGCAAUUGACUGAGGAAGCUGAAAAAUAUAUCGAAGAUUUUAUUUCAAAUGUUGAAGAUACAGAUAUUUCUUCAUUAGAUGGAGACAGGAGUGAUACUAGUUCAAGUGUAGGAGGAAUGACAAGGACACCAACUUUCCAGAGUCCAGCAGUAUUUAAGUCUGUGCCCAUUGAAAUGGAUGGGGUAAUGCUGCCUUGGUUACAGUGGGAGACUUCUAAUGAUGCUUCUCCAUUAUCUUGCAAGAAUAAAUGCAAUCCUUCUCAGGAAGCAUCCUCUGCACAAGAUAUAAUCAAUCAAUUUACCAGCAGCCAUGGGAGUUGUAGCCCAGCAUUUACCGAUUGCCCUUCAGUAAGUCUUGGAGAAGAUACAGGAACUAAAUUUGGACAACCUGGACGUUACCAAAGCCAAUUCUGUUCAAAUGGAAACAAUACAAUGCGGUUUGAUGUGGAUGAUUAUCUCAACCUUAAAAGCAACGAAGCUUUACUACAUGAAAUAUGGAGCCAACGACAUAGAAUUAGUUCAGGUGGUCUUCUGCUUUGUAACCAGAUGUUUUUUUAGCUGCAACCUUCUGGGGUGGUGCUAUGACAUAUUCGUCUUAGUCUGAUUUAAACUACAGUAAUUACCCCGUAUAUAUAAUUGUUUAAUUUCUAAUAA